AGAGGCAGAACAGUCUGCACACAUCAUCAGCUUGUCUCUUUAGGAGGACGAGAGCAAGAGAGAGUAAGAAAGGGGGAUAAGAAGAGACAGACAGAAAAAAGGAAGAAAAGAGAAACUGCAUCAAAGAAAAGACAGAGUUGUUGCUGAGCUGGGAAUCCAUCCAGCAGACUUCAGAGUGACUGGGAGCCUAGUGGGAGGACAGACUGGUUUCUAGCCACAGGGAGUAGACUGCAAAGCACCAUGGCUGACAACGUGAAUGAGGAGUCGGAUUAUACCCCAGGGAAAGAUGAGCUGGACUGGGGCUAUGAGGAAGGUGUAGAAUGGGGACUUCAUUUCCCAGCAGCCAAUGGCGAGUACCAGUCUCCCAUUAAUCUAAACUCCAGGGAGGCUCACUACGACCCGUCACUCCUGGAUGUUGGAUUGUCACCAAACUACGUGGUGUGUCGAGACUGCGAGGUCAUCAAUGAUGGACACACUGUCCGUAUUAUUCUUAAGUCCAAGUCAGUGGUUACUGGAGGUCCACUGCCAAGCGAUCACGAGUAUGAGCUUCACGAGGUUCGAUUCCACUGGGGCAAAGAGAACCAAAGAGGAUCGGAGCACACGGUCAACUUCAAGGCUUUCCCUAUGGAGCUUCAUCUGAUUCACUGGAACAGCACUCUGUUUAACUCAUUGGAGGAUGCUCUAGGAAAGAAGAAUGGAGUACUUAGCAUAGCUCUUUUUGUGCAGAUUGGUAAAGAGCAUUUGGGACUGAAGGCCAUCACUGAAGUUCUCCAGGACCUGCAGUACAAGGGGAAGAGCAAGAUAAUCCCCUGCUUUAAUCCCAACACUCUGUUACCUGAUCCAUUACUGAGAGACUACUGGGUGUAUGAAGGAUCUCUGACUACACCACCUUGUAGUGAGAAUGUGACCUGGAUCCUCUACCGUUACCCUCUCACCAUCUCACAGUUACAGAUUGAGGAGUUUCGGAGACUACGGUCCCACGUCAAAGGUGCGGAGCUGCCAGAAGGGAAUGAUGGGAUGCUGGGGGACAACUUCCGUCCCACCCAGCCGCUCAGUGACCGGACAGUUCGCGCUGCCUUCCAGUGACUCCCACUUUGCACCGCCAUCUCAGACGAACUGUGGGACCUACAGAUACAAUCAAAGAAGGAGAGAAGAAAGAAGAGGCGUGAAGAGAGUAGCAGCAGUGCAAGGAUGUGGUUCUAGAUCAGCCGCAGAUUAAGAGUGAAGGUGGACAAAGAAGCUAUUGAUUACACCCCUUUACAGUGUGUGUGUGUGUGCUUAAGUGUAGUCUCUACACCCUCAUGCCCCUCCCUUUUAACAGAUGUAAAAUCCCCCUCUGUUUGUGUACUGUAGUGUGGUAUUGUGUUAAUCUGCUGUGUGUGUCCUGGUGACAGGAGGCUUAUAAUCAGCCCAUCUCUGCUGUCAAAACAAAAGGAAGCUUGAACCACAGAUGUGGUACCUAGACACAUCCGUGCGCAUACACACACACACCUACACACACACGCACACACAUCCUUUGUACAUUACGUGAAUACAGGACGAUAAUUAUGCAAGACUGUACACAUUUUACACAAAGUUUAUGAGCUUAUUUGGAGCUAAAUUUCAAAUGAAGUCACACAAAGAAAAUAUACAUGUGUAUUAAAUCAAGCAUCCAGCAAGAAAUCAUGUUUCUAUACAGCCUCUGUUUGAAUCUUUUUAGUAAAUCUCCAUUGUUAGUAUUUCUUUAUUAAAUAUCCCCCAAAGGGCUGGAGAGAGACAGCUGAAGGCAGGUGUACUGGCUGGAAUUCCAUUUUCUGAAUAUUAUUGGAAAUUAUACACUGAAGGAAUCUUUGAACUGAAUAAUUUUCCAUUAUUUCCAUCAGUUUCCUGUACCUCAUGCAUUUUCACAUCCACACUCUGGAGGUUGGGCUCAUUUUGUAGAUUAACCCUUCAAUCCAAUGUAUUUUGCUUAUUUUUUAGCUCAAUAUUUGAAUUCUGGGACUAACAUUGUUUAAAGAUUCAAAAUAAUCCAUAUUUACAAGGUGUUGCUCUCCAUGACACUACCACACUGCUGCACCAGUUGGUGAAACAACUACUUUUAAGGGUAAAACAUCAAUUUCUGAGGCUAACAAAUGACACCCAGAACAUCCUAAUAACAAGGGAAAAAAAUUAAUUAGUGCAAACGGCACCAUCAACUUUUUAUUUUGGCAAAGCAAUUUAUGUUAAUGUCACUGAGCUUAUAGUCAAGUCAUCUAAGCUUAUGACCUGGAUUACUCCCUGCAAAGCAUAAACAUGAUGCAACGAUGCUGUGUGCACAGCUGUGGGGGUGAGCCAACAGACACGCACUGCAAGACGAGCAUCUCAGCUUGUAUUUUGCUUUGUAUUUUAGACCACCUCUCUCUUGACAAACAGAAGGUUUGAACAGCAGGUGGGUGGAGAUAGGUGGCUCAGAUGACCAUAUUAGGGAUAUUCUCUCUCUCUGACAUCAUAAAAAGUUUAGGGUUAAAAAAAAUGUUUGACACCCGAACUCACAGGGGUUACUUGUACAUACACUGACCUCAUUAUUUGAAUCUUAAUAUGAGUAUCCAGCAUUGAGACUAUGUUCCUGAAAACCAGGGCAAAGCACAGUCAGUCCACCUUAUCGUUUAGACACAUUUCUGACCAAACUAACACACAAACUAAAAAGCUAUACAGCACAUCAUAAACCAGCAAUUCUGAGUAAAACAGUAUUAUGCUGGAUGUCUUCACACAAUCAACAGCUUUAAUACUGAAUAUCAGUGUUCCUACUGAACUUUCAAAUCCCAUUCAUCAGUGGGACACUGCAGCCACUACCACGUCUUAUGUGUUACUAGCACAGUUUUUUUUUUUAUUUGUGUAUGCGUCAGUGUAUUUGUGUGUUUGAAUGCCUAGCCUCACUGUAUGUGACUAACUGAUCUGGCAUAAACUGUGAGAACUGAUGACUAUUACUGUAAACCAACAAUAAACCUGACACACUGACUUACUAAAA